AUGGUUCGAAACAUUCAUAUCGCCGUCCUGGACGUCGACAUUCCCGCUCGCCCCCUAUACGAAGCAAGAGGUCUCUGCAGCGCUCACUUCCGCGAUAUCCUCCGUGAAACAGCAUCCCACCUGAACAAAACCCACCCAGAAACAGACCCAAUCAAUAUCAACGUGACAGCAUACGAUAUCCGCGGAGGUCACUACCCUGACUUUGACCUGCUACGCGGAAGUCCCUCCCAAACUCAACAAUGGCCCGUUCUCAACCCCAUCGACGCAAUCCUGAUAACCGGCGGCUCACCGGGGGUAUAUGAAAUGGCCCACUCGCCAUGGAUGCAGGUGCUUGAAAAAUUCAUCAAAAACGUCUACGACAACUUCCCCAAAGUUCGGAUUCUGGGAACAUGCUUCGGACACCAGCUUAUCUCGCAUGCUCUUGUUCGCGUACCGGACGACCCUGUCCGGGAUGUGUAUGUAGAGAAAUGUCCACUCGGGCGGGAAGUUGGGAUUUAUAUUGUGCAGCUUGAGGAUGAGUUUGUGCGUGCGUUUCCGUCUGCACUGGGUCAUCUGCCAAAGGGCCAAUUGCGGAUUCAGAUGUUUCAUGGCGAUCGGGUGAUGGCUGUUGAGAAGGGCGUGAGUGUUUCGUUGAGUGAGUCGCCGCCUGUUUGUUUGCCGAAGCCGUGGGUGAAUAUUGGGAGUACACCGAUUUGUCCGAUUCAGGGACUUUAUUAUCCUGGACGGGUUCUUUCGGUGCAGGGACAUUAUGAGAUGGAUGCGUUUGGGUUGACUAAGAUGUGCAUCGAGGCUGCGCCGGUUAUGGGGUGGAAGGAGUCGAAGUUGGCGUUGUUUUUGGAGCAGGUUGGACCUGAUUUGGUGGAUCGACAAGAUGAUGCGAAGGCUUUUGCGUCGGCUGUUGUUUGUUUCUUGGCAGAUAUUGAAUGA